AUGUCUGCUUCAACAAUACCCAACCUGAAUACGCUCCGUCGCGGUCAGCGAGGAAGAGGAAGGGGUCGAGGUAAUGCAGCGUCAAAUUCUGGAGAUCGGCACACAAGGGAAAAGGUCCAGGACGAGAUAAUCCAACAUACCGAUCAUGAUGCUGCUGCCUCGCGGCUAAGCGCAGUGGAGGCUGGCUAUCUGGAAGAUCCAUUUGCGCGGCUGAUGAAUGCGGAUGAGCCUGUCAGCAGGCGGCUACCAUUGAUGAACCGAGGCACAUACCUGCGUACUGCAUCUAUUGACCGCAUUGUCGACACGUUUCUGUCCUCUACAGGUCAUGCACGCAAGCAGAUUGUUUCCCUGGGCGCGGGCAGUGAUACGAGAUACUUUCGCCUGAAACACAAACACCCCAACUUUGGUGUUGUCUACCACGAAAUAGAUUUCCACACCAACACUCGGAGAAAGAUUGAUCGAUUGCGCGGUGUGGCCUUCGCAGACAGGGCGAAGAUGGUUGCGGGAGUGGACAUGCAUGCAUCUGAUGUGCGAAUCUCAGAGGACGGGACAGCCCUAACGUCUCCGGAAUAUAACAUUCAUCCACAGGAUCUGCGACAACUACCUCAUGUUGAUGCAGAUAUUACAGGAUUGGACAAGGAGUUGCCGACCUUGAUCAUAUCAGAGUGCUGUCUUAUCUAUCUUUCGCCCGAAGAUGCUGACGCCGUAUUGCAAUACUUCAGCCAACUCUUUCCUGCUACUACGCCUGUUGCCGUUGUCCUAUAUGAGCCGAUUCGGCCCCAUGACUCCUUUGGCAGGACAAUGGUCAGCAAUCUCAUGAGCAGGGGUAUUCAGUUACAAACCCUAGAAAAGUACUGCGGACUUCCGGAACAGAAGGAAAGGUUGAAGGCACACGGUUUCAGUGGAGAUGAUGGGGUUAGAUCAGGUGCCGAAGCGGUAGAUAUUGAAUUCAUUUGGCGACGAUGGACUGCCCCGGAGGAGAAGGAGCGGAUUGAUGGAUUGGAAUGGAUGGAUGAAGUCGAAGAAUUCGUCCUUCUCUCAAAGCAUUACUGCAUAAGCUGGGGCUGGCGCGGGUAUGAAGAGAACUCGCGCUGGAAGGAGUUGCCCACGCCGAAUGACCAGGGAUGA